AUGGCAGCAAUCGUGGUUGCUGGGAUCUCCUAUUUGACGUACCGCGCUUACAAUAAGCACAAGGAGAAGGAAGCAAAGAAGAACGAUCCAGGACUGAUCUUUCACGCAAAGGAUCAGAAAGGUGAUGCAAGAGUGCGGAAGAUCAAGAAUCGUGUCAUCAUCCACGGAAGGCUGGUCUAUGGUAUGUACGACAGGUUCAGACGCGCACCGGAAACAGAAUACAAGGAAUGGUGGACCAAGGUGCACUAUCAUCUGGUCCCCUUGGAGUCAGUACUGACUGAGAAAGAACUUCAACUCUAUGAAACAGAACUGGAGGCUGAGCGUCAGCACCAGUACUUCGGUGUCUUCAAACGAAAUAAGGACAGUCCUUUAGCCGAGGCUCCAGAGUGGGUAGUCGCCAUCCGGGGAACUGAGCCCGAGGCUUUGGUGGAUCUCUACAACGAUGCCAAGAUCGUUCUGGAGACUCUGAACUCUUCAACAUUGAUCCCACUUCUGGAGUAUGUGGUCCGGCGUCUCAGUCAGCAACAUAAGCACUACAACGUGCACGUGACCGGUCAUUCACUCGGGGCCGCAGCGGGCUUGCUGGUCUGUCGAAGGCUGGCACUCGAAGGCUAUGUGCUCGAGGGUCACUUCUUCAAUCCUCCGUUCACCACUGUGGAAUCGCUGGCGCGCAGCUGUGCACAUGUUGUGGAAGGUGUUAUUAAAGAUGCAUUGCCGGAAAAGGUUGGACACUUCUAUGACUUUGCUAAGAGCACUGCUAAAUCAUUAUACCAUGCAGUGGCCGACGCCGACACCGAAAAAACCGCCAGGAAAAAAAAACAAGCAUUUGACGAUUUCAAUAAACUGGCCCAAGCCAAUUGGUCUCCGUAUCUCUAUGUGAACAAGCAUGACCUCAUCAGCAGAAAGUUUGUCUCACACUUCACGAAAAAAAUCCAAGGACCCGUCGGUGAGGAUCCGAAGAAGUGGUACUCUUCCUUCACCGAGUUUAGCGAGAAGUUGCUGGGAGAGACGGAGACGUUCCAUCUGUUUCCUUCUGCACAUUUGGUUUUGACUAACACAACCUGUCUCCAGCCCGUUUCAGCACACAUGUUGUGGAACUGGAUCGAUCCAAAUCUCUCAUUUACAUUCGAGCACACCGAUCUCAACCCACGACCUUCUUCUACCUAG